AUGGAGGCACCAGUUCCCAUAACUGUGGUGCCGCCGCAAGACAAUCCAAGCCGUGUGCUGGACUUGCACGACAUUAUGGACGAAUUGCCGAUGCUUGCCUCUCUAAAGGAACAGAAGUGGAUGGCUAGACUGCCGCGCAAUAUUUUCUACAAAUUAAAGAAGGAUUCGCACGAUAGCGAUGGCUCGGACUCAGCGCUACUCUCGCCCGAUUUUUUGCCAACGCCACGAACAGCUAGAGCAUUGUCGGUGCUGGUGCCACAGCCGAACGAGGAAGUACUGGAGGCGUUGGAUGCGCGAUACUUCACUGCCAGCUUCGACCCUGUCGCCCACAUGCUAGAGCAUAUGCCGGAGAGUAAGAACGAACUUGACGUGUUCUUGCGAACUGAGAUCAGUGCGGUGGACAUAGCGAAGGACGUGAUUGUGACCAAAUUACAAGACGAAGUGCGGGCAAACUACAGUGCACUUGUUCAAGGUAUGAAGGUUGUGCAAGACGUAGACCUUGAUUUGGUUCGGGCGCAUGUUCAUGUGAAAAACGGACGUCGCUUGCUCGCAACAGCCAAAAGUAAUCUCAUUCUCAGCUCGCUGGAAAUUGUGAAGACGAAGCGAAACCGCGAUAGGGUUUGUGAGAUAAUUUAUUUGGGCUCGCAAAUAGUUCAACUGCUUAGCGACAUGAAAGAGAUGAAUCUCGCGUUUCAAGAACAUCGAUUUAUCAGUGCGGUAGACAUUUGCGUUGAUCUUAGGAAAAGACUGUCACGCAAGGAGCUUGAGGGUGUUAGCAUCUUACGUGACAUUCGACCUCAAUUGCAAGACUUUAUUCCUCUACUACGGGCACAGUUCGACCACUCUUUGCGGAAAGUUGCUGAAAAAUUUGAUCUUUUCGAGUACAAAGAGCUACUGCAAGCAUAUAUCACUUUGGCCGAUCAUUCUGAAAAUUUGGGUUUUGAGUUCUCAUCUAUCACGCUAAAUGAUGUGCUUUCAAAAAUUCCGGAUAUUAUUGUGCGCUCGAUCGAUGACAUGACCGUUGAAUGUAUGCAUCAAGUUUUUGAACCCAAGUCGCUCGAAAAGUAUCGACCAGAUAUUAAAAAUGUGAAGCGACUAUAUGAACGCCUUACCGACCUGAUGCACACGUACUAUCUACUGGUACAAUGGCAUCGCGAUCCGUUUAAUUCGCUAAGUGAUGAUAUCGCUUACCUCCAUCGUUGCGGAAUUGACGACGAUGAUGACAACGACGAUGACAGCGAUGAAGAAGACAGUCAUGAUGAAAAAAAAAAUAAUUGUGGUCACUCUUGUAAACUCAGUAUCGUAACGACGACUUUGCCAGAAGCAGCUUCACAGCGUUUGAGGAAAAGCACAUUAGGACAUUCUGGAUAUUUAUAUGAUCAGGUGCUUUGCGAUACGGGUAUGAACCUGCUUAAAUACCGCAAAAUCGUAUGGGAAAAUAUUCAGCACAACGUACUAGAAAUGUUUGAAAAGCUUGACUUUACCAAUGAAUACAAGAUGGAGCAUGUAAUUGCUCUUUCGCAUGCAACGUCGGCAUUUACUGAAAUUGGGGAAGAAUUUACGGGGACUCCCUCGUCAAAAAUUCGAUCAGUUGUUCGCAUCAAAUGUGAGCAAUAUUUGCACGAAGUUCACAACGAUAAUAUCGAAUUAGCUCGAAUGCUGUUCGAGGCAGAAAACUGGACUCGCGUCACUGCAUCAAAGGCAGCCGGAGACGACAAUACAAGUAUCCUUCGGCUGAUCGAGAUUCGAAGUGGAUACGUUUUUAAGCGAAAAAUUCCAGGAGAUUCGACAAGCGGUCCUAUACAUUCAAGACGGGUGUUUCCUUCAUUUUACAAUGAAGGAAAUCCAUUUAGUGCUUCCAAUUCGAUUGAGUGGCUAACAAUGAAACAAGGCAUUCGUUUUGACCAUGAAAUUGACGCAAUUGGUGAUAAGGUGUCUCCAUGCCUCACUAGUAAUCAAGAUACCUUUCCCAUAAAUCCAAGCGAGUCCGACUUUGUAUUAACUUCAUCGAGUCUCGCUGGCUUUGUCCGACUCUGUGGUGUCCACUUAAAAAUGAUGGAGCAUCUUCCUCAUACUGCUUGGGACAUUUUUCGCUCCCUAAAUCAUCUGUUUGAGUUUAACCUUUACGCUACUUUCACCAGCUUUUUCUCCGCGGACGAUGCAGCAAAAUUUCUGCAGGGUAUAUGCGGUUUUGAUAAACUACGCGCUGGUAUUUGUCGCAUUGCAGAUGACAUGAACAAUGGUGAGAUACUGCUUCGGGCGUCAGCUGUAAUUUUACCUUUUGACAAAGCAGAGAAGGGUCAACAGCUGGACUCACCGCAGUCGAGGAAAGUUACCUUGCGCAAGGUGAUCCGAACACCCACUGCAGUAAAGUAUGCAGAUGUAGAUAAUUUGUACGCACUAGCUGAGAGAUCGAUCGCAUGUGAAGCAAUUGUUGGUCAAAGCAGAUUGCUAGAUGCAAUGGAAGACCUAGCUCGAUCGUAUCUUCCAACUCGGUAUCAUUGUCUUAUGGAUGAAAUGUACGAGCGAAAUCGCUUUAUGGCACGAGAGCUUCGUGAUUUCAUGUAUAGUACGAUUGCAGUGAGGCUUGUGGAUAUUCCUGCACUGGUGACUUCCGUUUCAGCAGUGUCAUGGAAUAUUUCGUAUAUCAGCAAUCAGCACAAUGAGUAUAUUGUGCACUUAGUGCAGAAGUGUGGAGAAGCGUGGGGAAGUCUGCAAAUUUUGGCGGAUGGAUCGAUCCCGUAUGACGCACGAGUAGAUAUAUGGUUGGAAAUGGUACAAACUAUCAUGGAUACUUUAUUGCAGGCGUUUUCAACAAUUUCCAAGCCGACACCCCAAGGCCGCGCUUUGAUGUUGCUCGAUCUACAUGCUCUGCAAAAUGGUGUUGACUUGAUUAAUGAUGUCAGUUCUCGAGCGCUGCCACGUGGGCGCGCACAUGUAGGAAAUUACAUAAAAGCAUUCUACUACGAUGAAGACGAGCUUCUCAGGUGGAUUCAGACUAACAAGAAGCUUUAUACAAGGGUCCAGUUCGCCAACUUACUUAAAAAUGGCAUCGGAUCGACGCUUGAGACAUCGAAACUACGCGAACUUGUUUUAAAAGUUGACACGAUUAUAACCACCUGA